UGUCCAAAUUGCCUUCACCAGCCUGCAUUGGAAGCGACCCCACGUUUCGCCAAUGCCAGGGGAGCUUGAGCUUGAUCCCUGCAACCAUUUCGGAAUAGAGCCGUCAUCAAAGUCCACCAAUCCUCACUCUAUAAAUUUCUUCCUUCUGCAGCCAUCAACACCACCGCCAAGUCGAAAUGAAGCAUUCCGGAUUGCAGAGAGAUGUUUUAUCAUUGUAUAGAAAGUGUCUGCGGGUCAGCAGGACUAAGGGUGGGGCAAGACUGCAUUUCGAAAAGUAUGCUAGGUGAGCUUCUUCAUUUUUGCUUUAGUCGAACAACUCGAUCCUUCGUUUAGGGGUCCGGCUGAUGACUGGGUGGAAUACAGAACCGAAUUCGAGAAAGCUAUUGGACUGGACAAGAAGGACUUCAGUGCCAUAGAAUAUCUGAUGCGAAAGGGACAAAGACAAAUCGACAUGUAUUCUUCUCCCGGAAUCAAAGACAUCAGAUGAAGCUUUCAGACAAGAGUGAUGGUACAACCCAGUUUCUACGUAGAAGAGAAGGAGCGAUGGCACGGUCGAGAGCUUCAUCGGCCCUCAACGUGAGGAGCCUCCUCUUGCUCAAUACCCUCCCUAAGAUGCAUUCUUACCGACUCUCUGUGUGAUACAUACCAUGCCCAAUUUUAAUAUUCAUUGGAGCGGGUAUCCUCAUCAUCGUUUGCCACGAAUUCGAGUCGUUUCUACCCGUCACAAGUCGGUCCACAAUCGACUUCUUUCUGGCUCCGGUCAGACUUCGAGGGUUCAGUCGCAUAUCAAGUCCGAGAAAGAGAACAAGAAGAGCCCCUUCAGGAUACAAUUCCGGCGCCAGCGAAUGCGGGGUUCGCGUGCCUCUUCAUCUAUUCUGAGGGCCCGUAGACGCGCUUCUGUUCGAGCUAGGCACAACAUACAAGUGUUUGGAUGGGAUACACCUGGGGCAGAACUUGCAAGCAGAGUCACCGAGAAAAGUGGAUCUGGAAGCCGGCCUACAAAGCCCAGGUCAAUAUCAGGUGCAACCCUCCGCCCGGAAAUUCAAGAAAGCUCUGCUAUCCCAUCGACCGACGGUGCAGCGAGUUCUGUUGCCAGGCGUCUCAAUCCAAGGAAGAAGCAGUCCGAGAACGCCUACUCGUUGAGGCAUAUUGCUAAAGUACCGGUAUAUUGGACUGCUGAUCAUCCUUCAAAAGCAGACAAGGCAUCUUACAAUCCCGACCGAUUGUACUCUGCUCAAAGAUCAGGUCCUCUUCAGGCGGCCAGCAACCAGAUUUCAAGCCAUCGCCCAACUGAAAGAACGCGUUCUUACGAUACUAGAUUCGAGACACUGGGUCCAAUUGCAAGCCAGCGUCGCAGACUAUCACCCCGACCUCAGUUCAAGCCGAACACUUUUCGCAGAGCAACCUCGCAGGUAUCGCCAACACGAAAGGAUACAGGAACGGAGUUCUGGGAGGCAGUGAGAAAAUAUAGUCAGCAGUCAAGGUUGCAAGGGAAACCCCCUGCAUCUAUAAAAUCUAUUGUCCAUAGCCUUGUGUCUGAAACAGCGUCUCGUUCUCCAAGCCAAAAGAAAGUCCUCGCCCGCUUUACGAAAGGAAUCGAACUUUACCUACAGGCGGCAAAAGAACACCCUUCGCAGUCCCUUGUUUCAUCACUCUCUACUCGUUCCACGACAAGUCUCUCGGCUUACACUAUUCAAGAGCUGAAGCCCUACCAAUCUGAGUUUCGAUCCGCGGGUCUUGCUAUCACCGCAGCGGAACAAAAGGGGAUGGCGAAAUUGCAGAAAGGGCCAACACCUCCACCAACACCUCCUAAAGAUGACAAAUAUGUAAAGAACGAAACACCACCGAAGAAGAAAAAUAACAACCAGCAAUUGGGACAAAAAACAAAGCUUCCCUCGUAUGCGUCUGGUUCCACUGGCACAACAAUUCUGGGAUGGACCCCACCUCACGAGAAAACUUAUGGACGGCCAUCAACAAAAGAUCGGACGAGCUCAUCGAUCUCAACAGACCAGACUAUCAUUGGAUUCACUCCACAUGAGAAAGAUGCUUCUCCACCGCGGCCCCUUAGAGAAGCGCCAGCCACACCUCGAGCAUCGAUGAAGAAGUCUCUUCCAUGGCUACGCAAACCUGAAGCCUCACCUGAAUCCUCUCCUACGAAUGAAUUGAAAAGCGCUUCAGUGAUGCAUGAGCAGCAUAGGCCAUCCACCCCGCUUGGUGGCUGGGUUUCCACGUUCGAUGUUGCGGAACCUACAAAGCCGGGGAGAGAAAGCCAGUCCGUAGGCCAAUCCCGCCCUGGAAUCUCACAGAGGCCAACGAAUGCGACGCGAGAUGAUCCAAGAUAUAGCGCUAGAAAUUCAACUGCUACGAACUACAUGAAUCAAGUGGUUGACGAGAUGGCGCAGACGCAAGUGAAUCCCGAUGAGAGUUUGGAACCAAGUCGCCCCAACAAUGUUUACGUACACAUCGGGACUCAAACUGUGGCAUUUAGUCCUACAACAUCUCGUCAGGACACUAUAAAUGACAACCAAGCCGAACGACAGCUAUAUAUAGACCGUGCUCCUGUUUCGAGCAUUCGCAGCAAAACCUUUCCUUUGAAGUCAAAAAACUGUAACGGGGACUGUGCACAGCCCUCUGCGGAGCCAUUCCCAUCUGCCACACAGCAGCGAUCAUCCAGGCCAUCCAAAGUAAUGUGGAAAGGAGUAGACCAAGACUCCCAAGUCACUAUGGAAGAUCCUGAGCCCAGGCAUAUGACUGAAUCAGAUGCAAUUCAGGACCAGCCUUCUUUUCGAUCCUACGCACUUCCAGGAGAGCGCACGCGAACCUUUCCGCUCGCCACAACUCCUACUAAGCGCAUUGGACCUUACCAGGCACCUCCCAAUUCCAGGAGUCCAAACAAAAGCAAGGAUGCAGGAACGUCAACUUGGGCGCAAAAUGACGAAGAACAGUAUGAGGUGGAACAGACCAAUUCUGAAACCAGCCUAAUAGGUCCAACUAGUCGUCACUCCAUCCCACCUUUGUGCACCCAGUGUUCUGGUCCUCUGAAUCCAACACUCGCAACCGAGCCAUCGCCAAAAGCAGAUUCGCAGUUGUUAUCUCCGGUCCAUGCUUGUACGGCAAGAUCAUCUACACAAUGCCAGCAAUGCUUUCCAUCAAGAAACUCUUCUAUUGCAAUCUCGCCCCUACAGGGUACAUUUCCUGCCGAGGUUCGAGCACCGAUUGAGGUGCAGUACCUUCCCUCUCGACGGUCUACCAGACCCAUCAUCCCCGCUGGGCCAUUUGAGUAUGCAGAGGAAACCCCAAGCCCCGCAGAUGCUGAAUGCAUCGUUGUUGAUACUCCCAAGAUGUGUAGUACAUCGGAGAGGAAGCGAACUCAGAGCAAGAUCGAACAUUCCUUGGUCGAAACUCCGAAAAGUUGCCACUCACCAAAUGGGAAGCGACCACAGAGCCUAGCCGAACUCGCCAUUGAAGAAUACACAAAGCAAGAGCCAAUGGCAGAUCCCAUGAAGAGACCUUCCUUACCAAGACUUAAAUUGAGGCCCGUCGCAUCUGAACCUACUAAGCAUGUUCAUUGCUACUCCACAAUAUCACGUCCCAAAACGGUUCCACAGAUGCCCAAAAUCCCUCAAGUUGACCCACCUGCCUGCCUCGCCUUCGCCUCGACAACUUCCACUGACAGCUGUUCCGUGAAAACUGGCGAGAUCAAUGAGAAGCAGGUGUUCAAAGGCCUGCAUGUCGCAACAGCCGCGGCAUGUGACGAAGAUGUUGACAAGUGGAUAGAAGAGAUCACAGGUUCAAGUGCCCGAAGAUUUUUAUCAGCACUUAGUGCUUUCGAUGGUCUCGGGGUCAACACCCUGGCGGGUGUGGCAAGGAGAGCAGCCAAGCAGAGGAGAGACAAGCUCAAUGCCUGGGAAGCGCUCAGAGAGAAGAGAAUGGCGGAGCACGAUCCGAAGCCAAGAUGUGAACUCGAAGAUUGUGAUGGAGUGGAAUACAUGCUUGGUGACCAGGAUAUUGGAUUGGGAUCUAAAUGUGCCCAGAAGAACUCAUUUGGAGAUCGAGAUGGUGGAGAUGAAUACAUGGCGUACGAUCAAGGUGUUAAAAAGCAAUGUGACGAGUUGAAAAAUAGUAUGCUGAAGAGAAGGGAAUGUAAGGGAAGUGAGGGUAUCAAAGAACGAGCUGUUAGAAUGGGGUGGAGGGACAGGAGUAUUAGUGGGGGUGUAUAAUGCCAACUUGCCCAUCGUGUUGUGAGAAGAUGGAAGAGGAUUAAACCGGAUAUUCUUGUUUUUGGGUUUGCUCAAUACAUUCCCGUCAGUCAUUGAUCGAUUUCUUUCCAUGCCUUGGCCAAUGAGUCUUUUUCUAUUCAUGAUGCUCUACCAAGUUGAGUCUUGAGCCAAUGGUCGAUGCAAGUCGCUCGCUUGACUUCUUUUCCUCCGCAGUCCCAGCCGGUAUGUCAAGUAAUCUCUGAUGUAACCACAUCUGUUAGCUUGGCGCCCGGAGGUGCUGCUAGUCAACUUUUCUAGUCAAUCAAAAAGACUUGAGUUUGUUCUCGGGUCUACCUUUCGCAAGUAUGUUGAUGCUUCUACGAGGCAGACUUGAUGGCACCCAUUUGUGGCGUCGCUCAGCCACCGCCCUCCUGCAAGGAAAACAAAAG